CAAAAAGUCAUAGACAUGCCUGAUCAGAGUCGGAGAGAGAAAAUCGCCACGUCACCUUUCUGUAUCCAACAACUCAAUUUCCUUGUAUCUAUAUAAUUAAUAACAAUUCUAUAUAUGUAUAUGUAUGUACUGGAUGUAUUAUAUACAUAGCUUUGUUCGACAUCGUGUAGAGGUAUACAAUAUAUAUAUAUAUAUUUGUAUGGUUAUAUCUGUCUCUAUGUGUGUGUGUGUGUGUGUGUGUGUGUGUGUAUUGGGAUUGUUUUUUGAAAUUGUUCUGCGACGGUUGACCUAAUAUUCUUUCGGUAAAAAAUCCACAUUGAGAGAGUGAGAGAGAGAGAGAGAGAGAGAGAGAGAGGGUGUGGCGGAGGGAGGGAGGCAGUAGGGGCAGGCGGAAAUGGGGAAUUCAUUUGGAUGCUCGGCCUCAGGAGAGCGUUUAGUAUCGGCGGCGAGAGACGGGGAUUUAGUAGAGGCGAAGAUGCUACUUGAUUGCAAUCCUUGUCUCGCUAAGUACUCCACUUUUGGUGGCCUCAAUUCCCCUCUCCAUUUCGCUGCUGCCAAAGGCCAUAACGAGAUUGUUACCUUGCUGCUUGAGAAUGGGGCUGACGUGAAUUCCAGGAAUUAUUGUGGUCAGACAGCAUUGAUGCAAGCGUGUCGAUAUGGGCACUGGGAAGUCGUACAGACACUUUUGAUGUUCAGAUGCAAUGUUACUAGAGCAGAUUAUCUUAGCGGACGGACAGCUCUUCAUUUUGCUGCUGUAAACGGGCAUAUAAGAUGUAUAAGACUUGUUGUGGCUGAUUUCGUUCCAAGUUCUCCGUAUGAAGUUAUGCGUACUCAGAUAGACAGUGCAAGGGCUGAUGGUGUGAAUUUAAAAAACAAGAAUGACCAAAGUGCACUGUCCAAGUUUGUCAAUAAGGCGGCAGAUGGUGGCAUUACUGCUCUUCAUAUGGCUGCUUUGAAUGGAUAUUUUGAUUGCGUUCAGCUGUUACUUGACCUUCUAGCAAAUGUCUCAGCUGUAACAUUUCAUUAUGGAACAUCCAUGGAUCUGAUAGGAGCAGGAAGCACUCCAUUGCAUUAUGCUGCUUGUGGGGGUAAUUUAAAGUGCUGUCAGAUCCUUCUUGCAAGAGGUGCCAGUAGGUUGACUUUGAAUUGCAAUGGGUGGCUUCCUCUUGAUGUUGCCAGGAUGUGGGGGCGCCAUUGGCUUGAACCAGUGCUAGCACCCAAUUCUGACUCUGUAAUACCUACAUUUCCCCUUUCUAAUUACCUAUCCUUGCCUCUCAUGAGUGCACUAAAUAUAGCAAGAGAAUGUGGAUUCAAGUCAAUGACAACCUUGUCAGAUGACUCUGAUAUUUGUGCUGUCUGCCUUGAAAGAGCAUGUUCUGUAGCUGCAGAAGGAUGCGGGCAUGAGCUUUGUGUUAGAUGUGCACUUUAUCUUUGCUCAACAAGCAAUAUUCCUUCUGAAAUGGUUGGCCCUCCUGGAUCCAUUCCAUGCCCUCUUUGCAGACACGGAAUCAUCUCUUUUGUCAAAUUGCCUGGUUCCCCAGCAAAGGGAAGCAAACUACACAUGUCCCUUGGUCUUUGUACACCAUGUAUGCUUCACUCUCGUGAGUCAGACAGUCAAUCUCCCGCUCGUACACGGGAGAUACGGAAGAACCGUGUUGCUUCAGUUUCUUCAGAUCUAUUAUGUCCAGUUACCUGUAGCCCAUUUCCUUCUGUCGCUAUUCCUUUGUGCACAUGCAACGAUGGUCCAUGCCCAUCAUUUGAACCUAGAGAGGUAGAAAAUCAAGAGGAAUCGCCACAUCGUCCACAAACAACAUCAGUAGAUCAGGAUAAAAUGGACAACCCGAGACUAGAAAAAACAAGCUGUUCAAGCAUGUUCUGGGGCAGAAGAAGCUGCAGCAGGGAGCAUCAGUGCAAUUCAGAAAUCAAUGCUUGACUGGCUUUUGAUUGGGUGGAUGGUUUUCCACCUGUCCUGGUGCGAAAGAAUUUUGAUGACCACCAAGAAUGCAGUCCAAGGUAGGAUGCUUGAUCCCUUUUGUUUCAGAUUCUGUGUAAAACAUACCCAUGUUUGCUUGAAGUUUUUGUUCCGGAAGCUACAUGGUCGUUUGGGGCUUUUACAGCGCAUUGAUCAUCUUUUAUGGAAUGCUCUUCCUAUGGUAUUGGGAAAGGGAUGUAAAAAAUUUGUGGUUUGGGAAUUGGGACAGUCAUGAAAAAGAAACAAAAUUUAUCUCUACCUUUUUCGAUGGUCUUUGCUUGGCAAUGAAUGAAAUUAUACACUUAGUA